GUGACAGUUUCUUUACAGACACGUAUGAUAGAAACUCGCCUUCACAUUGAUUAUUUACAUGUCGGAAUGUUUGAGAAGGUCACUUCUUAUUCAUUUUCAAUCUAUUGAUUUUGUGUAUAAAUAAUAAUCCUCGCGGGAAAUAGUCUGGGACAAGAGAUUUAAGCACGAUCGUGUUUAUGAUCAAAUUAUUGUUUAACGAAUAUAUAAGUAUCUCAUUUAUAUGGAAUUCCAUUGUUUACUCUGUUGAAAUAAGCCAGGAAGGAAACAGCAGGUUCGACAAUGGUCUUUGACUGCACAUUGGAAGAAAGAAAAACGAGAUGGCUUACUUUUGGAUUUCUGAUUUUACUUAUUACGCAGACAGUCACUUUUCUCGGUCUGAUAUCGGGAUGGCGUUUUAAAUAUCCGACCUCUUCACCACUCGAGACCAACAGGCAGUGUAUGGCAUGCGAUGAUCUCAAGUCAUCCUUAUAUAACAUCAAUAACACUGAUAAGGACAUCAAUGCACUAAGACAAAAGCAUAACUCUUCUUUAUGUUACGGUGAUGUCCACAAUGUCGUACGGCUUCUUACUAAAAAGGAAUUGUCAUUGCAGUAUUACGACUCAAGUACAGCAUAUUCAAGUAUAAUCGGAGAAUCGUUUGUCAACAACUGUGACUUAGAACGGGACAUCAAAACGCCAAAAGCGAAACUGGUCGGAGUAUUAGAUGCCGUUCCAAGUUUUAUUGUUCAAGGUGAUUCAAAACUUAGAUGGAAUAAAAAACAGCCGUACAUUCACUGCAAACAACUGCAUUCAUCUGGAACUCGAGGGGGAGAUCUUCGUCAGAACACUAGGCUACUACACAGAUUUGGAACGACCAGUGUCCUAAUGCAACGCAAUAAAUCCAUCAAAGAACAAAACCACGAUGCUUUUACAAGUUUAUUGUCCGCAGUUUUCAAGCUCCAAAAGCACGAUCGGAUCUCCGUGUCUGUGAGCCACCCAGAGUUUAUAUCUCGUAACUCUUCAGCGGACAACUUUAUUGCAUACUUCACUUACAACUUCACGUAAAUUCGUGUUUAAUUGUACGAUUCAUACUUCUUAUACCAAGAGUUUUGUACAAUGAUUAAGGUUUGCUAAAUACACAAAAACAUUUAUAUUGGUGUGUAAGUAAAACAACAUAAAAUUGAUUUUCCUUGAUCUUUGAGUCCUUACACAGGAUUUAAAGGGAGUUAAAGGCUACAUCACUUGUCCCUGUCAUUUCCCUUGAUAAAAAAUUGAAGACAAAUAUGUGUUUAUGCCUAUUGUGCUGGUCAUAGCGAUUCUGAGAAAUGUGUAUGACUAGAUUUGACUAGACAUUUUAAACAGUAUUAU